AUGUCAGUUUACAAUCUGGGCUCGGAGAUUAAGUAAAACUCAGAAAUUUCUGGAAUUGCCUCAAACUUAAAGUUAAGGGAGGCUUCAGAUGAUUAUAACCUCAUCACCAGCUUUGAACACUCUCAACAGUGCAAAGCUUUUGGUUUUAAUAAAUCCAAUAAUAUUUGGGUGUUGGGUUGUGGUCUUGAUAUCUUGGUUUGCCAGAAGGACCAAGAGACGCUGAGGAUUGAAUAAGCUCUAUAAGGACAUUCAUCCUGUGUUACUAAUAUCCUUUAUAGUAACAAAGAAGAUAUGUUCUUUUCCUUGGGAUGUUGGAAUGACAAUGUCAUCGUUUGGACUCUAGAUCCAGAUGGUAAAUGGUAUAAACAAUUCCUCAUCUACAAGGAAGGGUAAACAAGGGAAUUCGAAGUGGUUUAGUUGAUUCUAAACGAAGAUGAGAAUGAGUUGAUAGGAAUAAUGGAUUAUAAUUUUAUAAUAGUUUGGCAAAGAUCUCCUAAAAACCAAUGGAUCAAUAGAUAAAUCAUACAAAUUGGUUAAAAUGAACUUUCCCAGAUUCAUCAGGUGAGUUAUGAUAAGAAUUAAUCGAAAAUUAUUGUCAUAACUUAAAACGGUUAGGUGCAAUUUUUAGCAAAAAAUCAAUACAAUCUAUGGAAGAAGAGAUAAUCAAUUAAUCUUAAGAUGAUAAAAGACAAGAAAUUUUAUAACAUUAAUAAUGAUUAAUUGGUAAUCUAGACAUAAAAAGGUGAGUAUUUAUUUUUUAAUUUUAAUACAGAAAAUGAAUUAUAUGAGGAAGCUUAAGAUACAAUGUGCUAAUUUCGUAAAGGAAUUUUAAAUUAACAGUUUGAAUUCAACUCUUCGAUCUCACAAGGUCAGGAUAUAGUUGCUUUGAAAAGGAACAAGCAUCUAUAGAUAUUUAUGAAGGAUACAAAUAAUUUGUAUUAACAAAUCUAGACAAUCUAAUUUGAACACAACUUUUUCUAUCAAUUUACAAAGAAUAAUAAGUAUCUUAUUACUUGGGAUUAUUCAAACUUCAUAAAAAUAUGGCAAUAAAAAAGUGAUUGA